AUGUUUUCUGAGACGCCAUAUGACUCACAUGAUGCAAUUAUCAAUUUGCUCCAGGCUGGCUCCAGUGAAAUGUCAACAAAUAGAUCCCAACCGAUAUUGAACAUGGCACAUUACUCCCUCGAUGACAAGUAUGAAGGCUGCCUGGAGAGCAUGCAGAGCAUCCUGACGUCUCUCAUUCUAAGUGAGCUGAAUAUGUCUAAGAUCUAUAAGGAAGCAUGGGAGGAAGGACUGUUUAAUUGGCAGGAGAACCAGUCCAAGUUAUACCCCAAGAAUAUGGAAGAGCUCUCUGAAGUGGCUAUCUGGGCAUACACUGGAGCAUACCCUUCACUCUACAGGAAGUUCAAUGCUGCCACCCGCACAGCAGGAAAAGGGCCUGAGGAAUAUGAGGCCUACCCUUUCAAGUCCCUGCAUUUCCUCUUAACCCAGGCAACCCUGUCAUUCAAACGAAAGGACCACAAAUGUGUUAAGGUCUACAGGGGCACUGGUGUGAAGUUUUCCAUCAAUGACCUCUUCAGGUUUGGGCAGUUCACUUCCACAUCAGAGAACUCGAUUGUGGCCGAAGUGUUUCAGACUGUAACCUUUUUCAAAUUGUUCACCUGCGAGGGGAUUGAUAUAAGUGAGAUGUCACUUUUCAAAGAACAGGAGGUGUUGGUCCCUCCCUAUGAGAUUUUCAAGGUCACGUCAGUUGAAGACACCCCAGAUGGCCAGACCGUAGAUGCCAAGUCAGUGGGGACUUGCAGCUACCACAACUGUGCUUUUGAGGGGAAAGGCAGGCAAGCCGUGAUCUACAUCCUGGGCCUGGAUAUGGCCAAAAAGGGUUCACCCAAACCUCUCACCUCCAGCACGACCGCCAGAUUCAGGGGAGGUGUUGACCUGGUGGUUGGCAUCAGGUAG